AUGACGAAAGCAGCUUCACGACAGAAGACCAACAACGUAGAUGCCACACCCAACGCCAAAGGUGGCAAGAACACCCCCACCACGACGAACGCACCCGUGAAACCGGCAAGUGCUAAGGCAACCGCUGCGGCGACACAGGCUGUCAAGGCCACUGCUACGGUGGCUGCUACUCCAACGCGCGAAGUGCAGUCGGCAGGCAAGGCUACUACCAAGAACAGCAACGCUGGCAAGAACGCAAGUACCAAUAAAGCCCAGCCAGCAACCAAGGACGUAAAUGCCAACAUGAAGGGCUCGAAUGCCAACGCGAAUGCGAACAAGACUGCGAACAAAGAGGCUAAUGUGAGCAAGAAGCAAAACACACCGAAGAGUGGCAAGCCGAAACAGCUUGUGCCCAACACGGUGGGUGUGAGUUUCGUGCUGCGGUUGGUCCUGGGCUUGGCACCGGAGAAGCGCGCUUCAUGCCAGCUGCUGCGUGAGAUCCUGAGUCUCGAGAAAAGUGGGCGUAUCGUGCUCACCUCGUCGAAUAAGGGUCUACACCCCGUGGUUGGUGGAUCCGCGAAGUCCGACGACUGCGGUAACCUUGACGAGAACCAGAUCCGUCAGAUGACGAGACAGUGUCAGUCGGACAAGUUCCAGGAAGCCAUGCAGCAGCUUGGUGGUGAGCACCUGUACGACGAAAUCCGUACUCUGUUGAAAGAGGCUGGCGACGUGUCUGUGUGGGAUGGCACCAAAGACAAGCACGCCCUUCAGGCGAAGAACAUCCGUCCGCGUGCUGGUUCGGCCAACAAGAGCGUGAAGCCGCAAAAAGAGGCCGCCAAGCAGCCUGCGAAGAAGAACACUGCUCCCCAAGUACAGAGCGUAAAGAAGCACCAAUCGGUUGGUGGUGAGAAGACGUCUCAGACUCCCCCACCGGCACCGGCGGCGAUCAAGAAGGAAGACGCGGCGAAGAACAAGGGGAAGCAGGUAAAGAAUGCUAUCCCUGAGAAAAAUGCGGCUCCUGAGAAGAAAGCGGCUCCUGAGAAGAACGCCACCCCUUCAAAGAACGCAGCUCCAGGGAAGAACGUGUCGGCUCCUACCACACAGAGCUCUGGUGCAAUUGUCGGCGGUGCGCGUGCCGGUCGGGCGGCCAUUUCAAAGGCCAAAUAGAGUUGCUUCUCUAUAUCCGAGAGUACGACUUUCGGCAGCACUGGGCUUCCUAAUUACCAUUUGCCUAAUAAUAUAAACACGAAUGACUUUCAUGCAUUUACACGUUACUGUGAUAGAAGA